UUAAAACUUCUAUUUGCAUGCAUCCCUAAUACGCCAGUAGUCAUAAAAUCACAGCAAGACAAAAUAUCAAGCAAUCACUGGCAACGUGUUAAGAAUUGUGCAACACUGGUAGUUUUUUUGGAUUGCUGUUCAGAUGCUGACUGUCAAGUCUUUGAUGAUGUGUCCCACAAGUACUUGUGCAAUAUCAGCAGAUUUCUGCUGCAUUUCCAAACCAUAAAAGGCAUGAGAGAAGAGAGAAGAAAAAAAUCUAAAAAAAAAAUUAAUUCACCUUCAUUUUACAAUGAAUCAGCAGCAUUCAGUGCAUCCCAAGAUUGUGCAAUUCAAUUCUUUAACUCUAUUGCACCAAACAUAACACUUGACACUGACAAUAUUAUCUGACUAUAUAUGGAGCAAGUGCCAGGUGUGGCGUUACACAGUGGGCCUAUUGCUUUAAGAGAAAGUUGCAUUAUGGGUUGUUUGUAGUCUUGUUGUAGGCUAGUGAGUUUUCCCUCCAACAUCUAUCUUCACAGGGUCAGUGCAGGUGUUUCCAAUGACACUAAUUAAGGCUGUGUUCCCUUUAUUGUAGCAGAGACUUUCACAUGAACCAGCAUGCACCCACAGCAGCACCCUGACUCUGCUUGACCCGAAUGGAACAGAGCCCUAAUUACUGUAGCAUCGUUGGUAUCACCUGACAGACACACAGAUUAUUACAGGUGAAUAAUACAGCCCGACAAGAAAUUACUUUGAGUCAAACAACAUGACUGAGACACCCAGUGAAGAAAGACCACACAGAGGAUGUCGUGUGAGGAGGCUCAGCUCCACAAAGAGAGGCUGCAGGCCUUGGCGGAGAAGCGAAAACGACAAACUGAGAUCGACGACAAAAGAAGCCAGCUCGAUGAUCUGGUGCUACAACUUCAGCAUCUCAAGUCCAAAGCCAUGCGUGAGCGAUGGCUCCUCCAGGGAAUGGGAGCGGAGGAAGGGGAGGCACGGCGGAAACAGCUGGAACAGGAUGAAGAACAAGGAAAGAGGCUGGAAGACCUGAUACACAGGCUGGAGUCUGAAAUCGGUGCUCUUGAGAGCGAAGAGUCUCAGAUAUCAGCCAAAGAGCAGGUUCUACGUGAACGUCUGAAAGAGACGGAGCGCUCGAUAGAAGAUCUGCAGAAGAGUCUGAUGAUCCAGGAUGGAGAUGCCACUGGCUACAUGUCCGCCCCUCUCUCGGACUGCACGGACCCAAAUCCUGACCACCUCGUCCUGGCCACGCAGCCCCGGACCGGCCCUCCUGCCUCUGGAGAGCACGCCAUACCAAGACCUGCAAUGUUUGCCAUGGAGAUCAACGUACAGCACGACCCACAGACUGGUGAGCAGCGCAUCCUGUCAGCCAACCGCGUUAAUCCGCUGGAUGCGGCGUCACGUGGCGUCAAAGUCUAUGAUGAUGGAAGAAAAGUCGUCUACGAAGUCACUUCCUCCGGGGGGGUGUCAACCACCACCGUGGAGAACGGCUGGAGCUCUGCGCAGGUUGACCAGCUGAUCCAGCGAGCUGCAAGACCUGGUGCACAAGGAGGAGAUGGCAGUCAGGUGACAGUGACCCUGGCUCCUCCGCAGUCUUACGUUUCUCCAGCAGAUAUCGAUGAUCUGUCUCCACCCUCCUGUGCCCCGCCAUCUAUCCCUUCAAGCCCACCUGCCCAGGUCACUCUCCAGAGGGAGACCCGGCUUGGCAUGAUGCCCCCAUCACCUCCUAUUAUGACUCAGCCCAUCUCCUCAGCCCAUCCAAGCUCUGAGCUCACCUCUGCACCCCAAGCCACUGCGGAGCACCCUGUCACCAUGGUGUUCCUCGGCUACCAGGACGUUGAGGACACGAGUGAGAGCAGGCGGCUACUAGGUUUCGACGGCGCCGUGAAGGCUGAGGUAGUCCUGAUCGACGAAGACGACGAGAAAUCGCUGAGGGAGAAGACGGUCACUGACCUAUCCAUCAUCGACGGCACGGCGGCUGACCUCGUGUCAGGACGCCCGGCAACAUCUGAGGGCGCCAGCACGGAACUGUCAUCCGAUGGCCGUGAACCUGACAGCACCUCCUCACCCCCUGCCAACGCUGACGCCAACACAGCCCCCCCACCCGGCCUCACGCCUUCCACAGGCUACGCCCAAUUACCAGGGGUUACCGUGACAACAGAAAAUGGGUAUCAGGCUCCCAUUCCGACCAGACAUCCUCACACUGCCAUGAAAUCGUGGCGGGCAGCCGAGGAUGUCAGUGACACACUUCCAAAAGAGCGAGCCCUGAAGAGCGUCAGUUUCCAGGAAUCGGUCAGCGUUAUCACUGACAGGCCUGCAACCAUGGAACUGGAGAGCCAGCAGAUCCAGCAUGGCUGCCUCAAUAGCCCCAGUAACAGAACCCACAGUGCAAUCGACAAUGAGGUGGUGCAGGAGAUCCGCUACUUGGACCAGGUUUUGGACGCCGCCUCAGAAACACCCACCAAUGGAAACUCUUCUCCAUCAGAACACAUCAGAUCCAUCAGCAUCGACGGAAACUCUCCUUCCAUCUGCAUGUCAGCAUCCUCUCCCGUCAAUCACCAAUCAGUCAUGGUGGAGGGGCCGAGACAAACCACGUUCUUCCACCAGGAGGAUUCUGCCGUGAAGACCAACGGGCACGUGCAAGGAGAGGAGUCGGGCCGCAGCGGGCCGAAGUUUGAGCUGAGAGCGUUUCAGGAGGAGAGACGGCCAGCGAAACUCUUCACUCCUGGAGAGGAGCAGCAGGUUGUCAGGGUGACGAGGAGACGACCCACAGAGGAGGUUCAGGAGCUAGAGCGUGAGCGUCAGGAGCUGAUCAAAGACCAGGCAGUGAAGAAAAACCCUGGUAUCGCCCAACGCUGGUGGAACCCCCCUCAGGAGGUUCCUUUGGAAGAACAGCUGGAUGCAGAGCAGCUUGAGUCUCUCAAGAAAUACCAGGAGAGAAAACAGCAAAAACAGAAUCAUACUUACCCAUACACACAGCCACAGAUGUCAGGUCCUCCCACAAUGGUGACCUUUGAACCAGAUGCAAGCAGGAAGGUGGACAUCAUGGAGGAGCAGAUCGACUUCUCGUCUGCCAGGAAGCAGUUUCUGCAAGGGGAGGCGACCAAGAGGGACGUGGCUCCCCACAUAUACUCCGCCAAACCCUUUUCGAAAUUCACAAUCAAGGGCAGCCAGGGGAGCAGUGACAUUGUUGCAGAAACUGGAGAGGGCCGCGUGACCUGGUCUGAUGAAGCUCUGGCAGAAGAAUUCACCUGCGCACGAGCUGUUAUGACAAUCCUGCGUGAGGAGGAAGAAGGCAAGGGUCGCUUCCAUCCAUCUUUUCACCCCGAGGAGUCUGACUCAGGAUUAGACGAGCUAUCUGUCCGCUCUCAGGACACUACUGUGUUUAGCUUGGAUAAUGUUUCCGACAGCGGGGCUUCGCUACCACCUACCCCGUUGCCACUUACCCCGGUGUCACCGCCUACUCCUCAGCCCACCACGCCAGUCAAUGGGCAGACCAUUGGAAGUCCAACAGAAGAUGAGCUGGAGUACCAUGCGGGGGUACUUGUCCAAAACGCCAUCCAAAAUGCCCUAGCAUCUCAGAAUGGAGACGAGUGGCAGCCAUCUGACUUGAAUUCUUCGCAGCUGAGCGCCCCUGUGUCUCCAUCCUCAGCUUCCACAAGUAGCCCAGUGCCAGUUUCGUCCUCUCCUGUGUCUUCUGCUGGACCUCCCAGUCUCCAAUCACCUGUGUCCUCCAGUCCUGCUCCAUCCAACCUGUCCCCUCAGCCAGAAACACGGCCAGACGUGAGAGUCUUUUCCCAAGAGAAACCUUCAGAGUCACAACAGGCUCAGCAGCAGCAGCCCUCCAGUCCAGCACAGCAGCCACACCUCCAGACACCUUCUCCGCCUCCUUCACAGCCCAUCUCGCCACCACAGAGGCCAAGAGAUGGAGGCCCCAGGAUCAAAAUCCAGUCCUCUUACGCCAGAGCACUCGCCUCAUCUGCCCCGGCUCCAGCUCCGGCUCCGACCCCUGCUACAGCUCCAGUUCCCAGGCCAACUCCAGUGUACCGUCCCCCUUCUCCUCCUAGCCCGGAGAAACCAGAGUUCAGCUACUUCAGCAAAUACUCAGAGGCGGCAGAGCUGCGCAGCACGGCGGAAGCAACACGAGCUCCUGAAGUGGAGCCAGCCAGCGGGCCGUUCCGCCUGCGCUCCAAGAAGCAGCGGACUUUGUCGAUGAUCGAGGAGGAGAUCCGUGCAGCUCAGCAGAGGGAGGAAGAGCUGAAGAAACAGAGGGAGACAGUGCCUGUUGUGAUCGUCCGCCCGAGCGGCCAUGGUCACGUGAGGACGGGGAUGCGGCAAACUACCAUUUCCCCAGCAGAUAAGAUGAAGAGCAACAGCCUGCCAGCCAGACUCACACUAUCAGCAAGGACUGCACCAGGAAAGAUCGAGAAGGUCCGACCUGCGCCACCCGUCUCACCUUCACCCUCAGAAGGAGCCCUGUCUGACGCCGGCAGCGAGGACUCUGGAGGAUCGCGACCCAAAAACUUCAUGCAGACACUGAUGGAGGACUAUGAAACACACAAGGUGAAGAGGAGGGAGAAACUGGAGGACAACAGUUAUGCCCGUUUGUUGCUGGCUAACGAGGUAACCACAGAGGUUCUGGAGGCCACUCGAGUCACCAGAAGGAAAAGCGACAUGGCGCGGAAGUGGGAGGCUGGUAUCUAUGCCAACGAGGAAGGAGAGGAAGAAGAAGAAGAGGAGGAAGAGGAGGAGGAGGAGGAGGAGGAGUAAACAGCUCCUUUCAGAGACAGAGAGUGGAAAGAAGGAGGUUGAAGGGACUGAAGGAAAAACGCGAAGAGGAAGAAGCGAACGAUGAAGGAGAGGGAAAGGAAUCAGUAUUUAUUUCACUAAUAGUAUUCCGAUGAUCACAUGACCCGCUGACUUGACAGACGGGGCUCCUAGAGGAGGUGCAUCCAGUUGUGGUUGUGGACCUGAGGAUUGAAGGCUGCAGCAGUAUGUUGAGUGACUGAGUACGUGAGAGACAUUUGAAGUGAGGUGAGCUUGGAGGAGAAGUUCAGUGAUGCAAGAGACACUUUGGAAGGGUUUGACGGUGGUUCGAGAGCGCUGUUCAGAAGGUUUAUACUAGUUGGUAGACGCUGAAUGACUUAAAAAUUCAUAGGACUUUUCAUUUACCUGUAAUGUUUUUUAAUGAAAUAUUGUCUGAAAUCUAAAGAUUUUAUUUCGACAGGUUGCCUGAGACUUACUGCAGAUGGUUUUGGCAAUGGGUGCUUGAUAAUAACCCCAAUCAGCUUGAAAAACGUGUGGAAAGGUUUUCAUUACCGACAAGAAACGCAAAAGACAAGAAACUUCUGACUGAAAGUUGUUCAAGAAAGGAGGAAUUUCCUCCGGAUUUGAUGAUGCUGCAUUGCCACAUUACACCACAGUACAGAUAUAACACGCGUAUGACAUGCUCCUUUCUAGCAUUGUAUUAAAUGAAGCGCUGACUCGCAGGGGAGUCGGCGUCUUGCCUUAGACCAGUUGGGAUGCACGAUAUGUAUGAUGUAUUUUAUCUCCUAUCCUGUAUUACUACAGUUUCAGUAGAAAUUAGAGAAAAUACGACAACUACAUUAGAUAGAGAGUCAGUCUAUAAAACACUAUUCUUCAGUGAUUUCGUGUCUAUAAAGUGCAGGGCGUUCGAUUAGGAGGAGUUUAAACAGACGGGGAAGAGGGAAGCUAACUGCGGGUCAUGUUUGCGUCAGUGUGUGUAUUAAUUAAAGGGCUGGGUCGGGGGUUUUAUAUUCUAAAAAAUCACUUAUUUUACCUUUGCUGGCUACGUCGCUUUGUUGACUUGUGCUUUCUGAUGUAAGCAGUCGUUUCAUGUAUUAUACUGAGGUAGGACUGUGUAUUUGAUAUAUGAACAUGUAUGUUGAGAUUCCAGUGGGGCCCAUGUAUCUGCUCUACCUUGCUAGCUGAGGAUAAAGUUUGAUGAGAAAUGAUGAGAAAAAAAAAAAAGCUUUUUAUAAAAAAAAAAAGUUGUUAUACCAAAACAGAAUGUUGUUAUUUUAGUCAGCCUACGCUGUUGAGUCUAUUUAAGAAGUACUGAUUGUGUGCAUGACAUUACACUCCUUUCCUAAACCUGAAACAAGCACACGACAAGCAGGGAGAAGAAGGCAAGUGACUAUCAGUAGAAAGACUCAUGAAGAGGCUUUGGGAUUGUCAGUUUUUUUGUUUUUUUUUUAACGAAAUAUAUUGUUGAGCUUUGACUUUGCAGGACGACGUGAUUUUCUGUUUUGUUAAAUGAAUGAAAAAUUACCGCAAUACAGGCCUCUAUGAGUGUGGUGAUACUGUGGAUUCUCUAUUUGCAGAAAACAAGCUUCACUUCAGCUUCAGGUUCACCUUAAAAAAGUAAAUAAAAUACAAUAGUACUAUAAUUAAAUAGUAAACACAAUCAGAAGAAUCCCUGGAGCCUACAGGACUGUCUUUAAACAAGAAUUCAAAGUAGAAAUGUGUCAACAUGGCAGUAGAAACUGUAUUUUUGAACCACUUUAACUGAAAAGUAGCUAAAUGAUAUCUACUUUUCAGGCGUGUUUAUUGAAGCCUUGAGAUUUUAUUCCAGAUUUACCUGUAAAACCACAGACGACCUGUUCCAAGUGUCCUUCAGCAAGGGACUGAGCUUCACUGGCUAAAAUCCUCAGCCUGAAAUAUACACGUACACUGAGGUAAACUUGCACAAAAUAUAAAGAACUGACACAUACUAACCCUUGACAACAGUAAACUCUCUUUUUUAUAUUUAUUGAAACAGUCCCUCCCAGAGUGCAGGAAGUUUCUCUUAGCAAAUGAUCUCUUAUUUAAUUAUCUCUUUCAAUAUGCUCCCUGAGGGAAACGCAGUGCCACUAACUCCACCGACCAGAAGUGAAAACCAAGACUUCGUGCCUCUGUGUGUACCCCCCCGCCCCGAAACAAAAAGAAAGCCACAUUGGUUACAGAAAAUCCUCCUUGUACUUGUUGUAAUACACAUGUAAUAAUAUAUAAAAAUGAGAAAAGUAUUUAAAGGACUAAUGUCCCUUUCUAUGAGACGUUACAUGAGCUAUGGGGACAAAUGAGAUCAGGAACAUCAGUAUUAAAAGCACUUGCUGAACUGUUGUAUUUCCACGCAAGAGAUAUUCGAUUUUUUUAGAAGAAACGUGAGCUCAACGGACGUUUUUAUUCACGAUGAAUGACAGAUGCAGAUCUUUUUGUAAUGCACGAUAGUUUCACAGUGGCCUAUUCUGGAUGCCAGCUGAGCGUCUACUAAUUCACAGCGAGAUUUUAGUUUAUAGCAACUUCCCUACUGUACUGUAGCUGCAGCAGCACAUGGUAAAACUGUUACUGAACACAAACACACACGACAAAAUCGUUUUAUGUUCUCAUUCAGUACACUAUAACGUUUCUGAAAUGGUAACAGACAGUCAUCAUGCAUACACAGAGGGGAUAUACUUGUGUGAUUUAUUAUUAUUAUUAUUAUUAUGCUUUGUUCUUUGGAUUCAUGGUGCAGAGAUGAUUUAUUUAUCAUUUUUAAAAUGCUGGUAGCUUGUUAUUGCAGAAGCUGCAGAAGAGUCUGAGCUUCAGUGUGGGGACUCACACUGCCUGUGUGUGAUAAUGCAAUCUUAUUAUACAGUAUAACCUCUGUUCCUAUGUUAACCACUUGUAAUGCUCAUACUCUUGCUUUGUUAUUUUAUAACACAUGUUAAGGCUCACAGUUAUACACCUACUAUACAUAUUAUGAAUAUUUUCUCAUUAAAAACAAAACCUGUACAUGAA